GUGUGUUUAUUUUCAUUGAGAAGAAGAAGCUGAAAUCUCUGGAGGUUAAACAAACAAGAAGGGUUUAUUUUUCUUUUACUGGCUGUGGGGCCAGUUAAUGAUUAGUGAGCCCCAAGUGCGCGUUUAAUGGGAGUUUGAACUACGCUGUACCUCUGGCUUUGGGGCUGACUUCAUAGCAGCUCUGAGGCUCCAGCUCAGCAAUGCCCCCAGACCUCUGGGAGAGAAGCUUCUUGUUGUGGGGGUCUCUUUUGUGGCUCAGCAUUGGAAGUUCAGGGGAUGCACCUCCUACCCCACAGCCAAAGUGCACUGACUUCCAGAAUGCCAACCUCCUCAAAGGCACCAACCUCAAAGUCCAGUUUCUCCUCUUUGCCCCUUCAGAUCCUAGCUGUGGGCAGCUAGUGGAAGACAGCAAUGACAUCCAAAAAACUGGGUUUAAUGCCACUCUAGGAACCAAACUCAUUAUUCAUGGAUUCAGGGCUUUAGGCACAAAACCUUCCUGGAUUGACACAUUCAUUCGAGCCCUUCUGCGGGCAACAAAUGUGAACGUGAUUGCAGUGGACUGGGUGUAUGGAUCAUCAGGUGUCUACUUCUCAGCUGUGGAAAAUGUGGUUAAGCUGAGCCUCGAGAUCUCCCGCUUCCUCAGUAAACUCCUGGUACUGGGUGUGUCAGAGUCCUCAAUCCACAUCAUUGGUGUCAGCCUGGGAGCCCAUGUUGGUGGUGGUGGACACUUCUACAAAGGCCAGUUGGGACGGAUCACAGGCCUGGACCCCGCUGGACCCGAGUAUACCAGAGCCAGCCUGGAGGAGCGCUUGGAUGCUGGAGAUGCCCUCUUUGUGGAAGCCAUCCACACAGACACUGACAAUUUGGGUAUUCGGAUUCCCGUUGGACAUGUGGACUACUUCGUCAAUGGAGGCCAAGACCAACCUGGCUGUCCCAUGUUCUUUCAUGCAGGUUACAGUUAUCUGAUCUGUGAUCACAUGAGGGCUGUGUAUCUCUACAUCAGCGCCCUGGAGAAUUCCUGUCAGUUGAUGGCCUUUCCCUGUGCCAGCUACAAGGCCUUCCUUGCUGGACACUGUCUGGAUUGCUUUAACCCUUUUCUGCUUUCCUGUCCAAGAAUAGGACUGAUAGAACAAGGUGGUGUCAAGAUAGAGCCACUUCCUAAGGAAGUGAGAGUCUACCUCCUAACCUCUUCCAGGGCCCCAUACUGUGUGCAUCACAGCCUUGUGGAGUUUUACUUGCAAGAGUCAAGAAAAAAGGACACUAGCAUUGAGGUCACCUUUCUUAGCAGCAAUGUCACCUCCUCGAUCAAGAUCACCAUACCUAAGCAACAACUCCAGGGCAAAGGAAUCAUAGCCCACCCCAACCCACGGUGCCAGAUAAACCAAGUGAAGUUCAAGUUCCAGGUUCCCAGCCGGGUUUGGAGGAAAGAUAGGACUACCAUUGUUGGGACAUUCUGCACUGCCCCCCUGCCUGUUAAUGACAGUAAAGAGACCGUCUGCUUUCCUGAGCCAGUGACCUUACAAGCAAGUGUGCCGGUUUUUCAUGACCUGGAUAUAGCCUGUCUAUAGCAUAAUCCUGGGCAGGACACAUCUCCUUGGAUUGUUUUGAAGGAAAUGUGGUGAGGGCUGUGUGUGUGUGUGUGUGUGUGUGUGUGUGUGUGUGUAGCUCAUGCUAGACUGUAACUGCUAAGAAGGAAGGCCCAAUUCUUGAUUAUUUUCCCCAUAAUUAGUUUCCAUGGAGGGAAAAGAUGACUCAUUUUACAGAACUUGACCCUCCAUGGCUAAUCUGAGAAUCUUUUCAUAAUACCAUUUCAGCUUCCCUAUUCCUACGGAACUGGGAUUGCCUCAUAUCCUUGGGCAUCCAUAUGUACUUAAGAUUCAGUGGAAACAGAGAAAACGUUUUAAUAAAGCAUCAUGGAAUAUCUGACUCAUUUCAU